UUUUAGUCCACUGCAACCGGGAGAAGUCAGCGACUCAAACGUCAGAAACUCUAAAACAACGGUUUUAUCCUGUGAAGCGACAUAUGCGGAGAAGAUAAACAGGUGUCAUCAUGUCCCAAGCCUGGCAGAGGUUUGGUUGGGGCAGAUUUACUGAAGUGGACCUCUUCACUGACCGCUAUGAGACCAAUAUCGUGUCCCUGUCCCAGGCCAUCAGAGCUGCAGCGUCCGAGGAGCCGGACGCAGAUGGCAGUGUGCUGUUUGGCCACAUAAAGGGCAAUGUGGUCGGCCUCAGAUAUUACAAAGGAGUGGUCAAUCCGGGGGAAAUGGUUGGUUUAGUGCGAGAGCCCCAGAACCCAUAUGACCGCAAUGCAGUGAUGGUUACCAACAUUAAUGGUAACCGGGUUGGACACAUAAAGCGGGAGCUGGCAGCACCUAUGGCCCACAUCAUGGACAACAACUUGGCUAAAGUGGAGGGUGUGGUGUACUUAGGAACUACCAACCAGUUUAAUAUGCCUGUGACGCUGUCGUUCUGGGGGAGAGAAGAGAACAAAGAUGCCGUGACUAAAUCCUUGGCACGCCAUGGUUUUAAACUGAACAUGGGUCUAGUCCUGGCAAAAGGGACAGGAAAAUAUAAUCAACCAGGUGCUUUUGCAACGGCGUCUAAAAAAGGUGUGACCAUCCCACUAACUGCAGAGGAGCUGAAGAAUGCAUUUGAUAAUCUGUUCGAGGGCCUGAUGGAGAGUAAAGACGGGGAAAGAGAAGCAGCUGAGUCUGUGGGCACUCCUCUCUUGCUUCACCAGAAGCAGGCACUGUCCUGGAUGUGUGCUCGAGAAAACAAAUCUGCGCUGCCACCGUUCUGGGAGAAGAGAGGAGACCUAUACUACAACACCGUCACAUGUUUCUCUGCCAAAGAAGUACCAGAGAGGGUUCGUGGGGGAAUAUUGGCAGAUGACAUGGGACUGGGAAAAACUCUGACGACCAUUGCUCUGAUCCUCACCAACUUCCACAAUGGAAAACCACUGCCUGUGGAGAAAUGUGAAAAGGGGUACUCACCUAUGAAAGCCGCAACCAAACCACUGACGGAUUCCAAACUGGAAGGAAGCAGCAGUGCUUUGGAUGAAGGGGCAAGAGUUAGUGAUGCAACUGCUGCUUCUCUAUGCUCAGACCUUCCUCAGGCAGAGGUCAUCUGUGUUGAUAAACCAGACAUUGUGGACCUAACAGAUUCGAGCAAAGGAAAGGCUAAAGCCACCAAGCGAAAGGCCACUAAAGUGGCCCCAAAGCUGCUGGACGAUCUGGACUUUGCUGCAGCACUCAGUGGGUCAGCAGCACCAGACACGGCCUCAAAAAAGAAGAAAACUGCCAAAAAGGCCACUCCAGCAUCAACCACUGCCGUUGAGGUACCUCCCAUCCCUGAAAGUGCCGAAGAUCUGUCAGCCAGAGCAACCUUAAUCAUCUGCCCGCUCUCUGUGCUCAGCAACUGGCUGGAGCAGUUUGAGCAGCAUGUGCGUGCCAAUGUGAAGCUGAACGUGUACUUGUAUUACGGCGCAGAGCGCAACAGGAGCCAGAAGUUUUUGUCCUCCCAGGACGUGGUGAUCACCACCUACAACGUUCUGUCCACUGACUUUGGGAAUAAAAGUCCCCUCCACGGGAUCAGGUGGCUGCGGGUCGUCCUGGAUGAGGGUCAUGUUGUAAGAAACCCAAAUGCACAGAUGAGCAAGGCUGUGCUCGACCUGAAAUCCAGCCGACGCUGGAUUCUUUCAGGUACUCCAAUCCAGAACCACGUGAAAGACCUGUGGAUGCUGCUGGCUUUCCUGCGCGUGAAGCCGUUUGACGUGAAAGAGUGGUGGAACAGAGUGAUCCAGAGGCCCGUCACGCAGGGAGACAAGACCGGCCUGCAGAACCUUCAGACUCUGGUGAAGUGCAUCACGCUGCGGCGUACCAAGAGCACUGAGGUGAAUGGGCGCCUCCUGGUGUCUCUGCCCGACAAGUCCAUAUUUGUGGAGCAGGUGGAGCUGAGCCAGCAGGAGAGAGAGGAGUACGAGCUGGCGCGCAGUGAAGGGAGAAACACCAUCAGCAGAUAUGUAGCAGAAGGGACAAUGUUGGGGAACUAUGCUGAUGUGUUGGUCAUCCUGAUGAGGCUUCGACAGCACUGCUGCCACCCUGGUCUACUGUCUAAGACGUCCCCAGAAUCAGGUGCUGCAGCAACACCCACAGAGCUGAGAGAGCGUCUGAUAGAGAAGCUGCGGUUGGUGUUGGCCAGCGGCUCUGAUGAGGAAUGCGCCGUGUGUCUCGAGUCGGUCCGUCUCCCCGUCAUCACACACUGUGCCCAUGUUUACUGCCAGCCCUGCAUCGCACAGGUCAUCUGCGUUGAGAAGGAGACGGCACGCUGUCCUCUCUGUCGAAGUGAAAUCAAAACCAGUGAGCUUGUGGAGUUUCCACAGGAGGAAAUGGAAGAAGACAAUGGGACAAAUUCUGAGAGGUGGAGGACAAGCUCAAAGGUGCAGGCGCUUCUGGGAAACCUGUUGAGGCUGCGAUGUGAAGACAGCAGCAUCAAGUGUUUGGUCGUCUCUCAGUUUACACGUUUCCUCACCAUACUGGAGACUCCACUCAGAGAGCAUGGUUUCACUUUUGUGCGUCUGGAUGGUACCAUGAGCCAGAAGAAGAGGACACAAGUGAUCCGGGAGUUUCAGAGCUCUGCAGCUGAAAGCCCUACCAUCAUGCUGCUGUCACUCAAAGCUGGAGGGGUGGGGCUCAACCUGACCGCCGCCUCUCGUGUUUUCCUCAUGGACCCUGCAUGGAACCCAGCAACUGAGGAGCAGUGUAUUGACCGCUGCCACCGUCUGGGUCAGACCAAGAAAGUUGUCGUCACCAAGUUUAUUGUCAAAGACUCGGUUGAGGAGAACAUGGUGAAGAUCCAGAGGCAGAAGCAGGACCUGGUGGAGAAAGCGUUCGGCUCCACAAGCGCCAACAGGAAAACCUCUCGCAUUGAUGACAUCAAAGCUCUAAUGGAGCUGUAGAUGGACACACAUUCACAUGGAGACACGUGAACAUCGCCUUUUAGUUCACAGAUCGUUCGAGCUGCAGUAGACAGUAUUGCUGGUAAAUAGUUGAUUGAGGGUCAUAAAACAGCUCGCUCCAACACACCUGAUUCAAAUAAGUGCGUCGUUAUCAGGCUUUUGCAGUGCUUGCUUAUGAGCUGACUAUUUGAAUCAGGUGUGUUGGAGCACUGAAACAACUGAACACCGACCGGUUUGGAGAACCAGAAUUGACAAACACUGAUAUCUGAUAAAGAAGAUGGGUUUAGUGUUGUGAGCACUACCUGCAUUCCAAAUAGUUGAGAUAAAUUCUAAUCUCCAUAUGACGCAGGCGAGUGCAGAAAAAUGCACGUUGCUCUUGGCUAUGUGUGAAGGCCACUCAGAUCUUCCUUCUUUUUUCUUAGGUUUCUUUGCAGCACAGGAGAUAGUUUUCUGUUGCUGCACCACUGGAAAGGAUUUGUGUGCACAGUAAGUAAAGUGGAAUUAAAUGGUUUUGAUGGUUUAGGGCAGUGUUCCCUGAGGACCAGGGUUGUGAAACACUAGUUUAGGGGACAAGCUUUUCCUUCAUGUUCAGCUGUAUUGUGUUACUAAGUUAUUACCUGGUAAUAAAGAAAUAAGAAGCCACCUCCUGACAAAAGGUCCCAGAUUCUGUAACUACUGUGUUUAUCUAGGCAGAGCAGAUUUUUGAUUAGGCUCUGCUGCUUGUAUACUUUUUUCUGAGUCUGAGUCUUUGACUGUUGAUUGAACAAGUCAUUUAAAGAUUACCCUGGGCUCAAAUUGUUUUUUUUUUUCCAGAAUCUUAAUUUUAUCACGCAUCAGGACAAAAAAGUACCUGCAAUAAAUUUGUCCUUUUUCAUUUCCCGUUAAAAAUGCUCUAUAAUGUUUAAUUAAGCCAACAUCUCGUUCUAAAAAGGCCACAAGGUGGAGCCAACUUCAUGGAUUAUAAUUAUCCUUUUCAAGAGUUGAGUUCAACAUGAAACUAAAAUGUGAGGUAAGGUGACUUCAUGUUUUACAAAGAUUUAAAUAAUAUUAAAAACUUUUUGGUCAGGA